CUUCUCUCGUGAGAUACCUACAGCAAGCACAAUGGCUCCCGACCUUUACAUUCCAUCUUGCAUUCGCGAACCAGCCCACCCUUUCCAUCCACCGCCACUGGGCAAGCCCCUUCGUAUCCAGAUCGAGGGUCCUUUGGUAUCCGUCAAAAAACUCCUUCCCGACACGCCGUGGCACGUCCGCUACAUUCCCACGUCUUUCCCUCAACCUGCCGGGCCUCUGCUUGCAAGGCUGACGUAUGAGAAAAUCUACGGUCACCCAGUUCGCCGUGACGUCGAGGGCGACCUUGUCGUGCGCGACGAGUAUCUGGGCUGGGUCAGAGAAGUGAGACCACGAAACGAGAUUGACUACUAUGGUGUCACGUUUGAUCACCUUGUUCCCGCCGACGACCCGAAUCCUGAGGUGCUCCAGAUCAACAUCAAUGAGAUGGACGAUGACGAAGGCGCGUACGCGAACAAGUACCUGCCGUUCGCUGUAGACUGGAGGGAGUUCACCGGGAAGCGCAUCUUGGCUGUACCAAGAUGCUGCCAGCUCAGAAAGGGGACGACUGAUCAGCUGAGAAUCAAUGACGGGGUACAUCGGAGGGACCGGAGGAAGGAGGAAGAAGAAGAAGCUUUGGGCGGUGAUGAGUUGCAAGAGAGCGAAGCGGUCGCGGAAGCUUGAAUUUUUAUUUUUAUUUUAUUUUUUCGGUCUCAUGGGAUGAAUACCAAC